AUGGCGGAAGUUACAAAACCUAUCCAUACUCUGGUCCUGGAUACCGGCUCAAUCAUCAAGAACGAGCCAUCCGUAUCGACACUUCUCGGACAGUCGAAGACACUGGUGACCGUUCCAGCCAUCAUAUCUGAGAUAAAAGAUGCCGCUACCAGAGCACGAGUAGAGACUACGUUGCUACCGUUCCUGACGAUACGGUCACCAAGUCCAGGGAGUGUGAAAUUUGUGACCGAGUUCGCCCGCAGGACUGGAGAUUUGGCUGUGUUGAGCAAACCCGAUAUUCAAAUCAUUGCACUUACUUAUGAGAUCGAGUGUGAGCGGAACAAUGGCGAUUGGAGAUUACGGAAGAUGCCUGGACAGAAGCGAGUCAAUGGUGCGCCACCUGCGAAGCAAGAUCCCGAGCAGAAGGAGUCUGCCGCAGAAGGUGCCGAGGCAGUUGAUUCAGUAGCUCCCGAUAAUGCUGGCGAAAACCAAGUUGCACAUGAUACACAGGAUGGACAGGAUGGAGGUGUUCUACUGACCCAGUCCGCGGGAUCUGCUCCGUCUGCCGAUAACGCAGAACCAAGUACAUCUCAACGACCAGGAAUUUUGGUGGACCAAGCGCAAGAUGACACAGAUGUCACCGUGACUGCAGUGGAAGGAACCCAACAAGCAUCCCUUGAGCAAGUGGAGGCAACCAUGAAUGAACUUGACCUGGAGCAUGAAGCUGCAACAGAGACGAUUAGGCCGACAGAGGACCCCACAUCGCGGAUAGACUCAGCUGCCAACUCAGGAGUCAGCCAAGAGGACUCCGACUCAGAAGGCUGGAUUACUCCUGGCAACUUGAAGAAGCGACAAACUGAAGACGCUGGCGGAUCCACAGAACAAACCAAAGAACCUAAGACAAUGCAAGUUGGUGUAUUGACCACAGAUUACGCUAUGCAGAACAUGAUACUGCAAAUCAACCUAAACCUGCUCUCUCCAAGCAUGACACGAGUCAAGCACCUGAAGACAUUUGUGCUUCGCUGCCACGCCUGCUUCUGCGUCUCAAAAGACAUGACAAAGCAAUUCUGUCCACGCUGCGGCCAGCCCUCACUCACACGAGUAUCGUGUUCGACAAAUGCAAAUGGCGAAUUCAAGCUCCAUCUCAAGAAGAACAUGCAAUGGAAUACUCGAGGAGAUCGAUACAGCGUCCCCAAGCCUGUUCAUGGGUCCUCGAAUGGCAGAUUGAAGGGUGGCGGGAAGGGCGGGUGGGGUAAUGAGUUGAUCUUGGCAGAGGAUCAGAAGGAGUUUGAGCGGGCGAGCAAGACGGAGAGGAGGCAGAAGGAGAGGAGUUUGAUGGAUGAGGAUUACUUGCCUGGGAUUCUGACGGGUGAUAGGGGUCGGGCUGGGGGGAGGAUCAAGGUUGGAGCGGGAAGGAAUGUCAACUCGAAGAAGCGGUAA